AUCCAUCGCCAUCUUCAGCUUGUUGUCUCCAAUGCACUGUAGCCGACUGGACCUCUUGAAGAGAGAUAGUCUUUUCUUUGCCAAAUAGUGUGGCAUCUUUUAGAUGCUCGAAAUACUUAGGUACGGAAUUCAACAAUAUGAUGGCCUUAUCUUCAUCAUUAAGCUUUACUUCGAUAUUGAUUUAGAGUUUUAUUGAGUUCUUCAAUUUGAUCCUAAAGGAAUAAUUUAGAAUAUAACAAUUCUGUUUGAUGUAUAACAAAUUGGUGUGGGAUUUCUUCAUGUAUCUUCCAGAUUGCUGGAGCAGUUGUCUCCUUCGAGACUUCCCUUAAUACCUUGUCACCGAGACCAAGUAUAAGUGCAUUAUGAACCCUUUCCAUCAAAUUGAUUUUAUCUCCUCCGGCAGACAACUUUUCCCUUGAAGCGCAGCAAAGAGACCUUGCUGCAUUAGCAUGGCCGCCAUAGACCCAAGUCAUUCUUGCCCGUGAAUUUCUCAGCUUGAAAACUUUGUCUUCAAUCUAUCCCGCCGAUAUCACUGUCCGUUCACACGGCACCAAGAAUGAACCCACCCAAACGAGAAGGAAGCUAUAUCUCCUACCUCAAACCUCUCUUUUCUUAAUUUGUUUUCACUCUUCUCUCUCGCAUCGCACACAGGAAUGUGAGCUUAGAAUAUAUCAGAAGAACAAUAGCUGCUGCCCGAGGUCAACUCUGCGUAAUUUUACAUGCAAGUCCCUGAGUUUUAUACAUAUUUUAUAGACACCCCUCACAACCUAUCUAAUUAAUACUUUACUUACAGAAAUCUCAAUUGGAGUUGGGAGAAGUUGUGAUCUGGAUGAAUUUAUAUUUUGUCAAAUCCAAAGUCGAAAUUUGAGGUAUAACUGUAAACGAAAGGAACUACUAAUUUAUUUACUUUUUAAAAUUCUUUCACUCACCUACCUCUGAAUCUCUUUCCCACCAAACUAUGGCCUUAACCACCCCUCACUGCCCACCUACCCUCCAUUUUGUGUGUGUGAGCAAUAGGAAUUGCUGAGAGCAGAGAUGUCAUCAAGUUCAAAGAGUGUGAUUAGAUGCAAAGCUGCGGUGGCGUGGGCGGCGGGAGAGCCGCUGGUCAUAGAGGAGGUGGAACUGAGCCCGCCUCAGCCACUCGAGAUCCGCAUCAAAGUCGUCUGCACUUCGCUUUGCCGCAGCGACCUCACCGCUUGGCUCUCGCAGGCACAACCUCAAAUAUAUCCUCGGAUAUUUGGCCAUGAAGCAUCAGGGAUUGUCGAGAGUGUGGGUCAAGGAGUUACUGAAUUUGAAGUGGGGGACCAUGUACUUACCUUAUUCACUGGAGAAUGUAUGAGAUGCAGACCUUGUGCCUCAGGAAAAAGCAAUAUCUGCCACACGCUUGGCUUGGAACGCCAAGGCUUAAUGCACAGCGACAAGAAAACACGCUUCUCAUUAAAGGGAAAGCCUGUAUAUCACUACUGUGCUGUUUCGAGCUUUAGUGAGUAUACAGUUGUGCACUCUGGAUGUGCUGUGAAGAUUAGCCCAAUCGCACCAUUAGAUAAAAUAUGCCUUCUAAGUUGUGGAGUCGCUGCAGGUUUAGGUGCAGCUUGGAAGGUUGCAAAUAUCUCAGAAGGAUCAACAGUCGUUGUUUUUGGCCUUGGAACUGUUGGUCUUUCUGUUGCACAAGGUGCAAAACUGAGAGGAGCAUCUAGAAUAAUUGGUAUUGACACAAAUCCAGAGAAGAGUGAAAGAGCUAAGGCUUUUGGAGUAACUGACUUUCUGAACCCAAAUGACCACGAUCAACCUAUCCAACAGGUUAUUAGCAGUAUUACAGAUGGUGGUGCAGACUAUGCAUUUGAGUGCGUGGGAGACACUGGAAUGAUUACUACUGCUUUACAGUCAUGUUGCGCUGGAUGGGGUUUGACUGUGACCCUUGGUGUGCCCAAAGAGAAACCAGAGGUAUCAGCUCACUAUGGGCUAUUUCUCUCUGGAAGAACGCUAACUGGAUCACUUUUUGGUGGAUGGAAACCAAAAUCUGAUCUUCCUUCACUUGUUGACAUGUACCUGAGGAAGGAAAUUGAGAUUGACAGCUAUAUAACGCACAAUCUGAUGUUUGAAGAUAUAAACGAGGCGUUUGAGUUGAUGAGAGAAGGAAAAUGCUUGCGCUGUGUCAUCCACAUGCCAAAGUAGAGUUUUCUGAUGCAACCAACAGACUGAUCAAGUUACUAGUUAAGACCAUUUUGAGCUCAUCGCAUUAUUAUGUUGGAACAACAAUACAGGUUUGGGUGCUUUUGUAUUUAAUGGUUCCCUCUUGAAAGGCAUUUAAAUUUCAAACGCUAUUGGUUUGUUUUACUUAGCUGUCUGGCUUCUAAAUUAUCAAUACAUUAGUUGGAAAUGCUGUAGCCUGUUAAUUGUUAAUGGACGAUAUGAUGAUACAUAUUGUAAUUGUUUGGGUUCAAAUAUUGAUCAACUAUAUUUGUAGAUUCGGCAAA